CAGAGUAUUUGCCUGUUUGUGGAAAAUGACGUUCAUGGAGCCACGUUUUUAUGAAUGAUGCGUUCGUAGUUUUUAGUUUCUAUUACGCUGAAAAGUAACGUGGAGAAGCCUAUGAUUCCUUUUGUUUACCGCUAAAGUGUGGAAAGUCAUCCUAGUAGACCUGAGCGUCUCCUUGCUAACGUUAGCUGGACGCUGGAACGUUAGCUAUUGCUACCCGCCAAAAGCCGCAAAGAUUCAGCGAGGAAGUGAGUCAUAGCUGAUUGCUGAGCUGGUGUUUUUAUUCUUAUUACAAGAAAAUGAGUGGGGGAUUUAAUUUCGGACAGCCUGCUGGCUUCAACUUUGGAGCUCAGAAGACCACCGCCGCUGCCCCCAACACGGGCUUCUCUUUAACCAACUCCGCGGCUCCAGGAGGGGGCUUCAGCUUCAACACUUCCACCCAGGCCAGUACAAAUCCUACCGGCGCCUUCAGCUUUGGCACCCCGGCUAAGAGCUCCGCAGGCGGCUCGGGGUUUUCCUUCGGCACACCCACCUCCACAUUUGGUCUGGGUACGACUCCUCAGACUACGGCAGCGACAGGGUUGGCUCUGGGCUCCGCAACAGCUCCAGCUGCGAGCUCGGGGUUUACUCUGGGUAGCCUGCUGUCUGCACAGACCAGCACUCCUCCCGCCCCAGCAGGAGGAGGAUUCACCUUUGGAGGUGCCCCCCAAACGCAGCCUGCGCCAACAGCUGCACCAAUAGCUGCACCAACAGCUGCGCCAACUGCUGCACCCGCUGCCACAACGGCGACUGGCAUGCCGUUUGGAGGAGGGUUCAGCUUCGGGGCCAACAAGGUGCAGGUGACCACAGCUGCAGCUCCAACUGUGGCCCCAGGAGGAGGCUUCAGCUUCGGCACCACAGCAGCCUCCACCCCUGUAGCACCAACAACCCAGAGUGGGGGAUUCAGCUUUGGAAUUAAACCUUCCACCACCCCAGCUCCUCCUCCUGCAUCCACUCAGGCAGCUCCCAUUACAUCUUUGUUUGCUAGUCCCAUCGUCACCACGACUGCUUCCACCGCCACUGCUACAUCUACAACAGGAUUCAUGUUUGGCACUGCACCACCUGCCACUGCAACCACCACAGCAGCUGGUGGAGGUUUACCCUUCACGCUCAAACCUCUGGGCUCAACAGCUCCCACCGCUGCGCCUGCCUCCACUGCCACAGCUACAGUGGUCCCUGCAGCUACUGCCACACCCUUCACGCUGGGACUGAAACCUGCAUCCACCGCCAGCACCACCACAGCUACGACGGUCACAACUAUCAGUACCACAGCAGCUCCUCCUGUGAUGACGUAUGCCCAGCUGGAGAGCCUCAUCAACAAGUGGAGUCUUGAGCUUGAAGACCAGGAGAGGCAUUUCUUACAGCAGGCAACACAGGUGAAUGCCUGGGACCGCAUGCUGGUGGAGAAUGGAGAGAAGAUCACAUCCCUCCACAAGGAGCUGGAGAAGGUGAAGCUGGACCAGAGGAGGCUGAACCAGGAGCUGGACUUCAUCCUGUCCCAGCAGAAGGAGCUGGAGGACCUGCUGUGCCCACUGGAGGAGUCUGUGAAAGAGCAGAGCGGAACCAUUUAUAUGCAGAACGCCGACGAGGAGCGAGAGAGAACGUACAAACUCGCCGAGAAUGUUGACGCGCAGCUAAAGAGGAUGUCCCAGGACCUGAAGGAGAUCAUCGAGCACCUGAACACGUCCAGCGGCUCGGCUGACACCAGUGAUCCACUCCAGCAGAUUUGUAAAAUCCUCAACGCCCACAUGGACUCACUGCAGUGGAUCGAUCAGAACUCGGUUCUCCUGCAGAGAAGAGUGGAGGAAGUGUCCAAACUGUGUGACACCCAACGCAAGGAGCAGGAGAAAACGUUCCGCUUAACCUUUGACUGAUCUGCAACAAGAGUUAGCUUUGCAUAAAAUAUAUUACUACUUUAGAUUAUUUUUCCCUGUUUGGAUUUACAUUUUUCUUAAUUCGUGUUUCUGAUCUCUCAACA